GUACCUCGAUCACCAAAGCAGAGCAGAGAUAGCAGCAAGCAGGCACCUCCACGCUGCGCAGGCUAACUCGCUUUUGACUUUGGCUCGAGAUGGAGACACGUUGGACCAUUAGACGCACAUACACCAACUUUAAAGGUGGACUGAUACUAUGGCUGAUACUGUGGCUGGUGGUGGUGAAGUCGGGCAGGGUGACAGCAUGCCCCAAGCUUUGUGUCUGUUACCCCUCGCCCAUGACGGUCAGCUGCCAGUCUCAGAAUCUCAUCACAGUCCCAUCAGAUGUCCCCUAUGACUCUCAGCGUGUUUUCCUACAAAACAACCGAAUCACUGAACUUCGCGCUGACUCCUUUGGCUUUGAAACACAGGUGCUUUGGUUGUAUGGCAAUGACAUCACGUGGAUUGAGGCUGGGGCUUUCAGUAACCUGCGGGUUCUGGAGGAGCUGGACCUGGGAAAUAACCCCUCUCUGCGGCAUUUGGAGGGGGGUGCCUUCAGAGGACUGGAGAAGUUGCAGAGCCUGCACAUGCAUCGCUGCAAGCUGGCCACUCUCCCCCACGACCUCUUUCACAAGCUGUAUAGUCUCCAGUUCCUUUAUCUACAGGAGAAUCAACUUCACUUCCUUCAGGAUGACCUGUUCUCAGACCUGGUUAACCUCACUCAUCUCUUUCUGCAUGGAAACCGCAUUCGUGCUUUGUCUGAAAAUGUCUUCAGAGGCUUGGUCAACCUUGAUCGCCUCCUACUCCAUGACAACCGCAUCCGUCAGGUGCACCGCAAGUCCUUCAUGGACUUGGGCCGCCUGACCAUCUUGUACUUGUUCAAUAACUCCCUGGCUGAGCUGCCAGGACAGACCAUGAGGGAUGUUCAAGGCAUACAGUUCCUCCGCCUCAAUGGUAACCCCUGGUCAUGUGGCUGUGAGGCCCAGCCUUUGUGGGAGUGGUUUCGUAAAUCCAGAAUCUCUUCCUCUGAGGUUGUGUGCACCUCACCGUCACAGCGACGUGGUCAAGAUCUCAGGUUCCUCCGUGAGCUGGACUUUGCCCUUUGCCCUGUACCUGAUCCUGGCUCUAUGGCAGGUACCACCACUACCACAUUCAGCACCAAGACCCGCUGGUGGUUCUCCAAAAACAAGCCUGCAUCUUCAUCCAAAUCGCUGUAUCAGAAAAACUCUGAGACAGUGAAGACCUUCCCUAAAGCCCAGUCCCCUCCCAAAACCCCCUUUGAGUCUGUGCCAGCUAAGUAUGAGAUGUCAGAGGAUGAGGCAGCGCUGCCUAAGCUUGACCCAGAGGAAUACUGGGCUAAUUAUGGCAAUGAAGAUGCCUCUAUUCGCUGCUAUGAACUGGAGUGCCCACCAGGUUUUGAUAACUCAGCCUUCUAUUCAUCCUCCACUCUAACCAGGGUCCCAUCCUUUCUCCAUCUUCUCACUCUGUCUUUAGUGGCCAUCUCACUGCAUUUAGUUUUUGGCUGAACCACUCUUUCACUCCAUACUGAAGUGUCACUGCUCUAAACUGUCACCUGUGAAUGUUGGCACAUAUGAUCUUGUAAACAAAAGGUGAGAGUAAGAAUGAUGAGUUAUAUGAGAUGUAACGCAAAACUGCAUUCACUGCAAUAGAAAGUACAGGCAUGUGCUAAAAAGGCAUUUUGGACCAGAAUAAGAGACUACAAGAGCCGAAACAGUUAGCCAAGAUGAACAUUGAAUCUGUGGCAGAUGUAAAACAAUGCAGGCGUUGUUGAUAUACCAGCAUUUUAAUAUUUUCAUAUUUUUUAAAUAUGUUAAUAUGUUAAUCUAAUUGUUUAGAAAUAACAUGCAUGUAUAUAAAUAUAGCAUCUUAUGCAUUUUAGACUAGAAGGUAACUUGUUAAGGUGGAACAAGAUAAGUAUUGAAUGUUCUUUUUUAGCGUCAUGUUUUGACCUUUUCAUUGCACUCCAUAACAAUGUAAACAUAUGGUCCUCACUCAUAUUUCACUUCUGAAAGUGAACACAAAGUAGUGGUGUUGUUUAAUAAUCAACAACUUGGUGGAAGGAGCCACAUUUAACAAAUCCUCAUCUCUCUUACAAUGUUUGCUUUAAUUCCUCAUAUAUCUAAUUGUCACCUUUAUCACCAAGAAUCAACAAUACCAAAGCUCCAAAAUACUUAGUAACCUUUGGAUUUGUAAUGACUGUAAUGAGUGAGUGUGUAAUGAUGACUGUGUGAAAGAAGAAGAAGAGUCUAACCUAAAUUUUUAAAAAAAACACACAUUAUUGUGAUAUUAAUCCUUGUUUUAUUUUUGUAAAAAUCUGAUAUUUUAAUGAUUCAGUAAAAUAUCUAGAGCCAGGUUCCAUUGAUUGUAUAUGCAUUAGCGAAAGGUUAUAGGACCCUUAUAUCACAAAGCUGUAUCAUGACUGUGAUACUGUGACCUUGUUCUAUUUAAUUUGAAGUGUUUUUAUUAAUAAAACAUAAAAUAAAUUCAA